CCAACAAGGGGGAACCAUUCAUGUAUUGUUGUUGCUAGUCCGACAGUGCGAGCCGUGUCCACACGUACAGUAAUUUGGUCCACAUGCCGCUAAACUAACUCAUCUUGCAUGCUCAGUUUUCAAUUUAUUUUCGCGAAAGCGCCGACUCGAAAUGUCGAAUACGUGGAGCAACAUCCAGGCACACAAGCAGCUGGACUCGCUGCGAGAGAGACUGCAGAGGCGACGGAAAGACCCCACGCAUCACGCUGCAGAGGUGGGAGGCAGCAGUGCUGAAGGGGCUGCUGCAUGGAGUGAACGUCCAGGACCAGCGCCCCGCAGGAGGAGGCUGAAGCCCCCGGACCCCGAACUAGAGAAGAGACUCCUGGGAUAUCUGUCUGACCUGAGCCGCUCCCUGCCCACUGAUUCACUGACCAUCACUGAUGAGCUCAACACUUCUUAAGCGCCCAUCACCCAUGGCUGCAUCCAGAGUCUGCUGCUCAAGUUCUCUGGCCAGGAGCUCUUCCAAGUAAGUCAGCCGUCCAUGGCCACCUCCUCUUCCUCCACGCUAGUCAUCUCCGUGGACCACACACAACUCUGGCCCUUGAUUGUGGGUGGGGCCUUAGCUCAGAGAAUGGGGGCCAAGCAGAAAGCAGAGGACCAAGCCCACCAUAAACGUCCAUAAGGCACCUCCCUUGCUUUUCAGAGCCCGCCCUCCCCUCCUCCCACUUCCUCCAUCACCCUGGCACCGGUCCAGCUGGCCAGGCCCUCUGAUUGGAAGGUUGGCGGAGGAAUGGGUGGGGCAGAUAAACAGGGCAGGACCAGUAAAGGGCAGACACCUCACCUGGACAUGGAGAUUGAGAGCCUGCUGAACCAGCAAUCCACCAAGAUGCAGCAGAGCAAGAAGAUGAGCAGAGUGAUCCUGGAGCUGCUGAACACCAGCACAGCUAAAGAACAGUCCAUCGUUGAGAAGUUCCGUUCAUGCGGUCGCACUCAGGUCCAGGAGUUCUGUGAUCACGGGACCAAAAAGGAGUGCAUGCGGUCCGGAUUCACACCCCAGCCCUGCACCAAGCAGCAUUUCCGGUCAGUGCUGCUACACACAGUCUUAGAAAUACUCUCCCAAAUAUGUAUUUUUUCUUCUCUCCCCUCUCUGACGCAUCAUCAACAAGCAUACAGACAAGUCUUGGAGACUGCUCUUUCCUCAACACCUGUUUCACAGUGGAUCUGUUGUGACAGCCGCAUCCUGGAAAAGUUAUCUGUGGUGAUGGCCGACCCUCCCUGGGACAUCCACAUGGGGCUGCCCGACGGAACUCUGACGGACAAUGAGAUGAGGAAGCUCCACAUCACCUUCCUCCAGGACGACGGCUUCCUUUUCCUCUGGGUGACUGGCAGGGCUAUGGAGUUGGGUGUAGAAGGUCUGUCUUUGGUGGGCUAUGAGCGUGCUGAGAUCAUUUGGGUGAAGACCAACCAGUUACAGAGAUUUUUGUGGUGCAGUCAUUGUGUGUGUGUGUGUGUGUGUGUUUCUCCUCAGGUGGGUGUGAAGGAAAGCCCCCAAGGAUUCAACAAAGGGCUGGACUGUGAUGUCAUCGUGGCCGAAGUGCGUUCCACCAGCCACAAGCCAGAUGAGAUCUAUGGGAUGAUUGAGAGACUUUUACCUGGUACCAGGAAGAUUGAGCUCUUUGGCAGACCUCACAAUGUCCAACCCAACUGGGUAACUCUUGCUAAUCAAUUGGAGGGUAUUCACCUCUUGGACCCUGACAUCGUGGCUCGCUUCAAGAAGUGCUACCCAGACGGAGUCAUUUCCAAACUAAAGAACAUGUAGAGAGUCGUCUGACUGAUGGACUGCCUUCAGU